AUUUAAGGUAAGUUUUUUGAAAAUUAUUUUAUUGAGUGCGUUUUUUUGAAAGAUAAGUAAAUGUCUGUUGGAAGCAGUGAUUUUCUAACAGUACUAUAUUUAAUGUAUUUGCCUCUCCCUCCCCCUACUAAAUUUAUCUAUGUGGAAUUAAGUUGAAAACUGAAUAUCAAACAGGAUAUAAGCAUUGACUGAGGGAGAGAUCCCAUUCACAGAGCACUUUUAUAUAGAAAAACUCUUUGCUGGCACAGAAAUAAAUUUCUUAAAGUCAAGCAGUUGAAAAAAAUUAAACUUUAACAAGCACCAGUCUUAAUGCUGGGGCCUAAACCAUACUUUUUUAUUUCAUGUGUUUACAUUUUGUGGCUUUAAAAGUAGUUCCCACUGCCAGGCGGGCGGGGAGGGGCAGGUUUUGAUUCCCACCAUGGCUAUCACACAGUUUCGAUUAUUUAAAGUUUGUACCUGCCUAGGAACAGUAUUCUCCUUCCUAAAGAGAUUAAUAUGCAGAUCUGGCAGAGGAUGAAAAUUAAGUGGAGAUCAAAUAACUUUGCCAACUACAGUUGAUUAUUCAUCAGUUCCUAAACAGACAGAUGUUGAAGAGUGGACUUCCUGGGAUGAAGACGCACCCACAAGUGUAAAGAUUGAAGGAGGGAAUGGGAAUGUGGCAACACAACAAAACACUUUGGGGCAGUUGGAACCUGACUAUUUGAAGGACAUGACACCAACAAUAAGGAAAACUCAGAAAAUCAUUAUUAAGAAGAGAGAACCAUUAAAUUUUGGCAUCCCUGAUGGUAGCACAGGUUUCUCUAGUAGAUUAGCAGCUGCACAAGAUACGCCUUUUAUUCAUCAAUCUCCUGAAUUAGGUGACUUAGAUGCCUGGCAGGAAAAUACCAAUGCAUGGGAGGAAGAAGAAGAUGCAGCCUGGCAAGCAGAAGAAGUUCUGAGGCAGCAGAAGAUAGCCGAUAGAGAAAAGAGAGCAGCAGAACAACAAAGGAAGAAAAUGGAAAAGGAAGCACAGCAGCUAAUGAAGAAGGAACAAAACAAAAUUGGUGUGAAACUUUCAUAACAAAUGUUCUUCAAAUAUCAUAGUGCCAGUAGGAGAAUAUGUGCUCCACAACCCAAGCAACAUUUAUAUGGGCUUAAGAGUAUUUUCAGAUUACAGAAACACUGCUUGAUUUUAAUGCAUUCAUCAGAUCAUCCAGGACACCAGAAAUCUCUCAAUGUACCUUGAAUUCUCAAUGAUUGAAACUCAAAAACAAAAAAAAGACAUAGGAGACAAGAUUUUCUUCAACAAGCUCCAAGUGUAGGACAAUUGUUUGCUGCAGAGAAAUUAUUACAAGUGGAAUAUACCAGUACCUCUUCAAGCUAGUGUUUCUAGCUCAGUAAAUGGGUGUAAAUAAUUUUAUGAUGGGAAAGAACUCUGCUGUCAAUAAUGCUUUCCUUCAGUGUGCAUAAUGAUAAAAUAAAUAAUUUUAAAUAUUAAAAAAAGAGUAGUUCCCACAUGCUACUAUAACACAAUAUC